AUGCUUAAUAGGAACACCAGAAGAGAAGAGAUUGAGCAAAAUGCAUAUCAGCAGCGUUAUCAAACAGAGAAAAUCGCUAGAGAAACCCCUGAAGAAAAGAGAAUGAGGUUAGAGAAGAGACAUGAAAAGAUUGAAGAAGAGCGUGUAAAUAACCCCGAGGCAACAGACAGGAAGUUAAAGAGAAGAAAAGAACUAUAUGAAAAGAACGCCAAAGAAAAUCCCGAGAAAGCAGAGAUGCAGAGAGCGAAAAACAACGAAACAAAAGCAAAGAAAGCCGCUGAACGAACCCCUCAAGAAUCGAGAGAGAGGAAAGAUAAGUCUAACCAAAAAAGACGGGAAUUAAGGGCAUCUGAGCGUACAAAUGACCCCAAGAAGGCAGAAAAGAAGAGAAAGAGAAGAACCGAAGUUUCGCAGAUUAGGAAAACAAAAAUAGAAAGUGAUCAUUCAGAAGCUAUGGAAUGGUUUCACGACGAAGACUUCUCAAAUUUGGCACGAACGUCUCUUCAUCUUCUUGCGAACCCUGUCGUGUAUGAAAAUACAGAACUCGCAGUAUCGUUUCCGACCAACGAAGGCAAGUCCUGUUUGCCUGCGACCGACUUUGGUGUUGCACCGUCUAGACACGAAAAUCAAUACCUAGCGCCUGACGGAUCCGAAAGCAGGGACAAUCAUGCGUCACCUACAACCGAUUCAUAUCCUGCAUCGCCUAAAAACAAAUCCUAUUCCCGAGAGACUAGCAGAUAUAGUCCCGGGGAAUCUGGCAGACAUCAUUCCACAGGAUCUGACAAACAUAUUUCCACAAGAUCUGACAGACAUCUUCCCACAGAAUCUAGCAGAUAUUAUUCUACAGAAUCUAGCAGACAUCGUUCCACAGGAUCUGGCAGACAUACUUCCAGACGUGGUUGCACACCACCUGCGACCGUCUCAGACCCUGCACCGCCUGUACAAGGCUAUAACUACUCAGACAAUACGAUCAGUCAUACUUCAACCCAUAGCGAGAUUUGA